AUGAGCUACCCAGCUGACCGCUUAUGUCUGACCCAGCCCCAGGCCCCCAAAGGCCAGAUCAGCCGCCUUCCCUCGACUCUCCACAGCAAGCGCUUCCAGCUCUGGGCCCUAGGACUCUUUCGCACCGAGCGCCACCUGGCCAAGCGCCUCAAGAGCAACAGCUUCUACCCCUUCACGCAGGAGCUGCCCAAUGUUUUCGUGCUCGAAUACUACCUGGACACGCUGUGGAAGGGGGCACUGCUCUUCGUUGUCUGCCUCUUCCUGAUCAGCUUCAGCCUCGUGAGCCAGGUGCGGGAGCAGAAGACAUGGGGCUUCCCUGCGUAUGGCAUGGGCGUGGGCCUGUGGAUCAUGAUCUCAUCGCUGCCACUGCGCCGCCUGGUGCUGAACCACACACUUGGCACGUACCACUUCUCCAUCCAGGGCCACACGGUGUCUCAGGGCCCCAUGCAUCAGGUCUACGUGCGCCUGGCGCUCAGCUCUGACGCCUACAGAAAGUGCUUCUUCCAACUGGUUCUGUGCGGCCACAAGCUGGAGCCGCUGGUGCUGGUGCAGCUGUCCCAGCACUACGAGCAAAUGGAAUUCCUGGGCCGUCACAUCGCCCGGAAGCUCAACAUUAACUACUUCGAUUGCCUGGCGACGUCCUACCGGCACGUGGUCCGCCACUGGCCGCUGGAGGCCGCCAUCAGCCCGGGCAUUGGGCGGCGUAAGACCGGAGUCUACAGGAGCGCUCAGUGGGAUCAGGUGGACGUGUGA